AUGAAUCCGGACAAGUUUACUCACAAGACAAAUGAAGCACUUGUUGGUGCUCAUGAACUAGCGUCAACUUCAGGACAUGCUCAAAUCACUCCUUUACACCUUGCUUCCAUUCUUAUUUCUGAUCCCACUAGUAUAUUUUUCCAAUCUAUUUCAAAUGUUGGUGGCGAAGAAUCUGCACGUGCCAUCGAAAGAGUUAUUAAACAAGCAUUGAAGAAACUUCCUUCCCAAUCUCCUCCACCAGACCAAGUUCCCGGAAGCACUUCUCUUAUUAAAGUCAUUAGGAGAGCACAAGCUGCGCAGAAGUCACGGGGUGACACUCAUUUAGCCGUUGAUCAGUUGAUUUUGGGAAUUCUCGAGGAUUCUCAGAUUGGAGAUUUGUUUAAAGAAGCUGGCGUUGCUGCUUCUAGGGUUAGAUUAGAGGUUGAAAAGCUUCGUGGUAAAGAGGGGAAGAAAGUUGAGAGUGCUUCUGGGGAUACUAAUUUUCAAGCUUUGAAAACUUAUGGGAGAGAUUUGGUUGAACAAGCGGGGAAGCUUGAUCCUGUUAUUGGACAUGAUGAAGAGAUAAGAAGGGUUGUUAGGAUUUUGUCGAGAAGGACUAAGAACAAUCCUGUUCUUAUAGGAGAGCCAGGUGUUGGUAAAACUGUUGUUGUUGAAGGGUUGGCUCAGAAGAUUGUUAGAGAUGAUGUUCCUAGUAAUCUUGCGGAUGUUAGGUUAGUUGCUUUGGAUAUGGGUGCAUUAGUUGCUGGUGCUAAGUAUAGGGGAGAGUUUGAAGAGAGGUUGAAGUCUGUUUUGAAGGAGGUGGAAGAAGCUGAAGGAAAAGUUAUUCUUUUCAUCUAUGAAAUUCAUCUUGUUCUUGGUGCCGGUCGAACUGAAGGAUCAAUGGAUGCUGCUAAUCUUUUCAAACCUAUGCUUGCUCGUGGACAACUUAGAUGCAUUGGUGCUACAACACUUGAUGAAUAUAGGAAGUAUGUUGAAAAGGAUGCAGCCUUUGAAAGGAGGUUUCAGCAGGUUUACGUGGCUGAACCUAGUGUGCCCGAUACUGUUAGCAUCCUUCGCGGGCUUAAAGAGAGAUAUGAGGGUCAUCAUGGUGUUAGAAUUCAAGACCGUGCUAUUGUUGUUGCAGCUCAGUUGUCUAGUCGGUACAUAACUGGGCGUCAUCUUCCUGACAAGGCAAUUGAUUUAAUUGACGAGGCAUGUGCAAAUGUGAGAGUUCAACUUGAUAGUCAUCCGGAAGAAAUUGACAACCUUGAAAGGAAGAGAAUGCAACUAGAAGUAGAGCUUCAUGCUCUAGAGAAAGAGAAGGACAAAGCUAGCAAAGCUCGUCUAGUAGAUGUGCGGAGAGAACUUGACGAUUUAAGAGACAAACUUCAACCUCUGAAGAUGAAGUAUAGCAAAGAGAAAGAGAGGAUUGAUGAGAUUCAAAGGCUGAAACAGAAACGUGAAGAGCUCAUCUUUGCACUACAAGAGGCGGAGAGGCGGUAUGAUCUAGCCAGAGCUGCAGACCUACGAUAUGGUGCAAUUGAAGAGGUGGAAACUGCAAUAAAAAACCUUGAAGGCAGCACUGAUGGUAAUACCGAUGAGAACUUAAUGUUGACAGAAACAGUUGGACCGGACCAAAUAGCCGAGGUUGUUAGCCGAUGGACAGGUAUUCCUGUGACUAGGCUAGGCCAAAAUUAUUAA